AUGACGCUAGCUUACCGAGAGGACGGAGCCAAAUGGAGAGCAGUCCAGCAACGCGAGCGCACGGCCGAUGGCUCCUUUGUCUAUGCAGUUCGAACAACCAAGAUCUACUGCCGACCAGUCUGCACCGCCCGGCUCGCCCGGCGCGGCAACGUGGAGUUCUUUGACUACCCACGCGAUGCCGAGAACGCCGGCUAUCGUCCGUGCAAACGCUGCAAGCCCCAGGGCGGCGUCAUGAUGCCAGAAGCCGCCGCCACGACGAGGAUCAGGGCCUUGAUAGAGCAAGAGACCCGGCAGCAGAGUUCGCUCGAUCCCAUUGAUCGCGACCUUGGAGACAUUUCCAAGACAACCAGCCGCCUCGCUUGCAAAGCUCAGGUUUCCAAGUGGCAUUUCCACCGAACGUUCAAGGAAAUUACGGGCUUGACCCCUUCCGAGUACUUUGCGCAACAACCUUUCGACUACUACAACUGA